ACCUUCAACUGCCAAGCACUAUGCUCUCUACCAGCAAGAUGUUCACCGAAGGGGUGAUUCUCACGGACAAGGGCAUGGCGGCCCACAUCUGUGACAACCGACUCAAGGCCAGCGGCCUGGGCCAGCACAACAACGCCCGCAACUUCAACAACCAGAACUAUGAGGAGCUGCGUGCCGAGUGUCUGAAGAAGGGGGAGUUGUUUGAGGACCCCUUCUUUCCUGCCGGACCCCGGUCACUGGGCUUCAAGGACCUGGGUCCCUACUCCAAACGUGUGCAGAACAUCGUCUGGCUGCGCCCCAGUCAAAUCACAAGCAACCCUCAAUUCAUUGUGGAAGGGGCGAGCUCAACAGACAUCUGCCAGGGGGUGCUUGGGGACUGCUGGCUGCUGGCCGCCAUUGGGUCCCUCACCGCAUACCCCAAACUGCUCCAUCGCGUGGUGCCCAAGGGGCAGAACUUCAAGAAACAUUAUGCUGGCAUCUUCCGCUUCCAGAUCUGGCAAUUUGGGCAGUGGAUGAACGUGGUGGUGGAUGACCGCCUGCCCACCAAGCAUGGCAAGCUGGUGUUCGUGCACUCCGCAGAGCACAACGAGUACUGGAGCGCCCUGCUGGAGAAGGCCUAUGCCAAGCUGAACGGAUCCUAUGAGACGCUGUCAGGGGGCAACACAGUAGAAGGCUUUGAGGACUUCACUGGGGGUGUGACGGAGAGCUUCCAAAUCCAGAACCCCCCGAAGAGCCUGCUGAGGAUUUUUCGGAAAGCCUUAGAACGGUUCUCACUUAUGGGCUGCUCCAUUGAAGUCACCAGUGACAGUGAGUUAGAAACCAUAACAGAGAAAAAGCUGGUGAAAGGACAUGCCUAUUCAGUGACUGGCCUCCAUGAUGUCUUCUACAGAGGCAAGACAGAAACUCUCAUCAGGGUGCGGAACCCCUGGGGCCGGGUUGAGUGGAAUGGACCCUGGAGUGAUAGCUCCAGGGAGUGGGAAGACUUGACCCCUGAAACCCAGCGGCAGCUGCUGCAGAAGAAGGAAGAUGGGGAGUUCUGGAUGUCCUACCGGGAUUUUCUGGAGAACUUCACGUUCCUGGAGAUCUGCAACCUGAUGCCGGAUGAGCUGACCGAGAAUCACAGGAGCCGCUGGCACACCACCUUCUACGAGGGCACCUGGCGCAGGGGCAGCACGGCUGGCGGCUGCAGGAACAAUCUGGACACUUUCUGGACCAACCCCCAGUUUCGCAUCUCUCUCCCUGAGGAGGACGACGACCUGCUGGAGGAUGACGAGGCCAUGUGCACCUGCCUGGUGGCCUUGAUGCAGAAGAACUGGCGGCAGGGGCGACCCCAUGGGGCCCAGCUGCACACCAUUGGUUUUGUGGUCUAUAAGGUCCCAAAGGAGUUUCAGAAAAUGGAGAACAUCCACCUGAAGAAGGACUUCUUCCAGAAGUAUCAGGACCACGGCUUCUCAGAGAUUUUCACCAACGCGCGCGAGGUGAGCAGCCACCUGCACCUGCCGCCUGGGGAAUACAUCAUCAUCCCGUCCACCUUCGACCCGCACAAGGACGCCGACUUCCUGCUCCGAGUCUUCACCGAGAAGCACAGCGAGUCCUGGGAACUGGAUGAAGCCAACUAUGCAGACCUGCUCCAGGAGGAGAAGGUGUCCGAAAAUGAGAUAGACCCAAACUUCAAACACAUGUUUGAGGCCGUGGCAGGAGGAAAGAACAAGGAGAUAGGCAUGUUCGAGCUACAAAAGCUGCUCAGCAAAGCAACAGCCAAAUUCAAAGAUCUCAAGACGGAUGGCUUCAGCCUGGAAGUGUGCCGCUGUAUGGUCAACAUCAUGGAUAAAGAUGGCUCUGGAAAGCUGGGACUGCCAGAGUUCCAUAUCCUAUGGAGAAAAAUCAAGAAGUGGACGGAGAUCUUCCGAGAGAGUGACCAGGACCACUCAGGCACCCUCAACUCCUAUGAGAUGCGCCUGGCAAUUGAGAAAGCAGGCAUCAAGGUGAAUAACAAAGUGGCGCAGGUGCUGGUGGCCAGGUACGCAAACAACAAUAUGGUUGUGGAUUUUGACAGCUUCAUCAUCUGCUUCCUGAGACUGAAGGCCAUGUUCAUGUAUUUUCUCACCAAUGACCCCAAGAAGACUGGGUCCAUCCACUUGAACUUGAACCAGUGGCUACAGAUCAUCCUAUGGGGAUAGAGAAACUUCUGGAACCAGCUGCUGAACACCCUCAGGAGCUGGGGCAGGGGAGGAGGCUCGCAGACAAUUGGAUGGUCUCCAGGGGGCGACACCUGGGCCCCAGAAACCACAGACUCCAGCAACUCCAUGCCCACCCUCCCAACCCCAAAUGUCUCCUUCCAUCCCAGUCAGCCUCACGGGGGUCACUUCGCUCCACAGACUGUCUUCUCCUCAGAAUGCAGAUUGAGUGACACUUCCCUAGCACCCCCACACUGGGCAAGCUUUCCCCACUCUCUGUCCCACACCACUCCUUCCCAGCACAGCCUCUCUCUUCUCUCCCCCACUUGGGGGCAUUACUUUAAUAAACAGCACAUGGUUCUGA